UGCACAAAACAAAUUAAAGUUAUUAAGAACAAAUAAAAUAUUAACAAUCUACAGAAAUGUUUCUUAUUGAAAUAAAAUGUACAUAAAGUGGCCAAAAUAGCACAGCUCAGAACCUCAUACCAUAUAUUCAGAUUUCAGAGAAGUCCCACUGACAUCAGUGAGGACUCAGUUUUACCAGUGUGCUUGGACUGUAUCAGAUAGCAUGUUUUGGAGAAGGGAUGAUACCGAACCUAUGGCACACAGCGCUGUCUGAGAUCUACCUCUACUUUGGACUCAAAGUCUUGAGCACCUUCAUGUCUGUUAGAUUCCUGAUUUUAGUUUUCCAUGAAAUGAGUGCUUUGUGCAUGUCCAACUUCUUCCUGCAACUAUUUUAUGACACCUUUCAUGGCAGCUUGUCAAAUGCAAAGUAUUUUAAGUGAUUCUAAAAUGUUAAAACAUUCCCGUGAUUUCUUAAAAACUUUGUUCAGUCUCCUUCCAUGAGAGGCAGGCUGCAGAACUUUCAAUUAAUUGCAAUUUCAAAGCGACCUUUAAGGGGACCUCAAGGAGAAAAUGGUAAAGUGCUCAAAUCCAGGAAAAAUUAAUUUUCCAAUGUACAUAAUAGCCUACAGAAUAUUUUAUGAAAGUUAUUAUUCAGAUCUUACAAUAAUUGAACAUGAAAAGCAAGGAAAGACCCCAGAAAAAAACGGUUAAUAAAUGUUCUUAAGUAUUUUUGCCUAUACUAUAUGUCUGAUGUCUCCCCAUAGAUUUUCAGAAAUAUUCAAUCUGAGGGACUAUGAAGUCCAUUCCAAAAGCUACUUCAUCAACAAUUUGGAAGUGGAUGGCAUACGGCAGCCUAUUGGUGCCCAUCAUCAUCAUGAGCGUUUUCUGGGGGGUGAUCGGCAGACUUUUGCCAUGAUUGGUCCAGGGGCCUAACUGGGGUGUUAUUAAUACAAUGCUGGUGAUAACUGCUGUGUGCUGCUACCUAUUCUGGCUGAUUGCCAUUCUGGCUCAGUUGAACCCACUCUUUGGACCACAAUUAAAAAGUGACACAAUCCUGUAUCUGAAGGAACAGUGGCCUUAACCAUUACAUCUUUUUCUAUGGCAGUAUAUGAGCUAGGUUAUGAUAAAGUUCCAUUGAUUGAAUGAUGCCUUUACUGUAUUUUGAAUCAAUUCAUGUCUACCUUAAUGCCUCUGUUCUAUUAUGAAGAAUAUUUAACUCAGACAUUUUUCAUACUCCUGAAGUGCCUAAAGGGUAUUUUGUACCUGAUUUCUGUAAAAUUUUGCUUGAAUCUCAAGUGUUACAAAAUGUUCUAUCAUUCCUAUGAUGGCUAGGUUUAUUGACAAUAUCCUAUAUCUCACCAAAAAAACUUGGAAUAAAUUUCUAUUCUGUUUA